AUGCUUUGCUGGAAGGCUGUGCUGUUUUGUACUGAGGUGCUGAAGGUGCUAAAUGUUUUUUCUCUCUUGGGAAAGAAUAGUGAUGCAAUGCUGAGCGAUGUGGAGAAGACGAUGGUGACAGUGCCAGUGGAUGGAGAUAUUGUUAGUCAGGAAGUUUAUGUGGAUGUCUCAACUGGUCUGGACGUUGAUCCUCAUAGUGGUGUUUUCCGCCCGCGUGCCGAGACGGAGGAACUAAUCCGUGAGGUUUAUCGAGUAGGCCGUGAUGCGCUCCCAAAGGAACUGGAGCGGUUUAAUAAGUGGAUGAAAACGACCUCUCAAAGUGGGGUUGGAGGCUUGUUGUUGCAGCCUGCGUCUCCUGUUCUGACGAAAGUGGGGCAGUCUGGUGACGCUGCGAAGAGUGUGGAGGACAAAGUGGAUUGGAGAACGCGCGGUAAUGAAUCGAUGCGGUGUGGCGAUGCACGGAAGGCUGCACACUGUUACAGAGAGGCAUUACGCCGUGAACCAUCGAAGAGCGCUCUGUGGUCGAACAGGGCAGCAGCAAUGAUUCAACUUGGAAGGGGUGACGCUGCCUUGGCAGAUGCAGAACAAGCAAUUACACUGGACCCAACGAACGUGAAGGCGUAUUAUCGAAAGGCCUCUGCGCUGUGUUUGUUAGGCGCUCGGGAGGCGGCGGGGCACGUUGUGAGGGACUGUGUGGAACGGUUUGGUGUGAAUGAAGGGUGGAUGCUUCUUGGAAAACGUAUUCAAUCAGCUGAGGGAGUGAUGUUGGCGUGCGAUCGGUGGAUUUGCACCGAAAGCUUUGCAGAGGGCGAGGAGCUGUGUGCCCUGGAGGCAGUACGACUUCCAAGCGCCAAUGUGCUUGAGGUGCUGCGAUUGUGGGCGAGAAGCGGUGUCCCACGUGAGGUUCUGGCAAAGGAGGCGGCGUACUACGAGGCCCGUGGGUCGGUGCCCUCGUUUCUUCCUUAUGAUGGCGUUGUGGCGCUGCAAAAGCUUUGCAUAAAAUUGGCUGCUUUGGAUCAAGUCAUUCCUACUUCUGAUUCGGUAUCUGCGGAUAUUUUGCGUUGGUGCUGCCUCUUGUUGGAUGCUGGUGCUGCAGAAGCGGCCGGGGGGCCAUGGAUGGAGUUUGUUUUCGGUGAUGGGUGUGUCUUCUUGGGCGCUGCGCUGUUCCGGUGCGGUACUGCGCAAGAGGGCAACGUCAUUCUUCGUUUUGACGAGGCGGCGCAGCUUCUUCGCGUUGCUGCACGCCGGCGCAUCGAGCGCUACGAUACAUUGUGCUCGUUCGGUGAAGUUUUACGCUAG